AUCACAGCUCCUCACCCUGAUGGAUGGACUGAAGCAGAGAACUCACGUUAUCGUCAUGGCAGCCACCAACAGACCCAACAGCAUCGACCCUGCCCUGAGACGCUUCGGCAGGUUUGACAGAGAGAUCGACAUCGGCAUCCCAGACUCCACUGGUAGACUGGAGAUACUGCAGAUUCACACCAAGAACAUGAAGCUAUCUGACGACGUGGACCUGGAGAGGGUUUCCAUGGAUGCGCAUGGCCAUGUGGGGUCAGAUCUGGCAGCUCUGUGUUCUGAGGCGGCUCUGCAGGCCAUCAGGAAGAAGAUGACCCUGAUUGACCUGGAGGACGACACCAUUGAUGCUGAACUGCUCAACUCACUGGCAGUUACCAACGAUGACUUCAGGUGGGCGUUGGGGCAGAGUAACCCGUCAGCUCUGAGGGAGACAGUAGUGGAGGUUCCUAAUGUUAACUGGGAGGAUAUAGGAGGACUGGGAGAGGUCAAGAGAGAACUGCAGGAACUAGUACAGUACCCGGUGGAGUACCCAGAUAAGUUCCUGAAGUUCGGUAUGACCCCGUCACGAGGAGUGUUAUUCUAUGGACCCCCAGGCUGUGGAAAGACCCUGCUAGCCAAGGCGAUUGCUAACGAGUGCCAGGCCAACUUCAUCUCCAUCAAGGGACCUGAACUGCUCACCAUGUGGUUCGGCGAGUCAGAGGCUAAUGUCAGGGACGUCUUCGACAAGGCCAGACAGGCGGCCCCCUGCAUCCUGUUCUUUGACGAGCUGGACUCCAUUGCCAAGUCCAGAGGGGGCGGAGCCGGGGACGCAGGGGGCGCGGCCGACAGGGUCAUCAACCAGAUCCUCACGGAGAUGGACGGAAUGUCCAACAAGAAGAAUGUCUUUAUUAUAGGAGCUACCAACAGGCUGGAUCAGCUCAUCUACAUCCCUCUACCAGACACAGCCUCCCGUACCGCCAUCCUCAACGCAAACCUACGCAAGUCCCCCAUCGCCAGAGAUGUAGACCUGGCCUACCUGUCUGGUAUCACCCAGGGUUUCAGUGGGGCAGACCUGACAGAGAUCUGCCAGAGGGCCUGUAAGCUGGCCAUCAGAGAGGCCAUAGAGGCUGAGAUCAAAGCAGAGCGCCAGAGACAGACCCACCCAGGCACCGCCAUGGAUGAGGACUGUGACCCUGUUCCAGAGAUCAGGAAGGAUCACUUUGAAGAGGCCAUGAGGUUCGCCCGGCGCUCCGUCAGCGACAACGAUAUCAGGAAGUAUGAGAUGUUCGCCCAGACACUACAGCAGAGCAGAGGCUUUGGGAACUUCAGGUUCCCCUCUGGCUCUCAGUCCGGAGGUCAAGGGUCGGGGGCAGGGGGGCAGUUCAGAGAUGAGGUAGAGGACGACCUCUACCAGUGAGAAGACUAUCACCUCUACCACACCUGCCUGCAUAUGAUGUGGAACUCUGGAUCAAUUAGACUGUUGUGGGAAUCAAAUACGGACAGAAUAACUUUUAACGGCACAUAAUGUUUGUGCUUCUCAGCUUAUCGCUGUCUUAGAUGUUUCUCAUAACAACUGAUACAUCAUAAUAACUGGUACAUCAUAAUAACUGGUGCAUCAUAAUAACUGGUACAUCAUAAUAACUGGUGCAUCAUAAUAACUGAUACAUCAUAAUAACUGAUACAUCAUAAUAACUGGUGCAUCAU